CGGCAGAGAAAGAAAAUAUGAGUCACAUAUUUCAUUCUUAGAAAAAAAGAAAUAUAGUAAAAUUUAUUUUUUGACAAUUAAAUACGGAGUAUUAAAAUAUGAAAUUUACUAUAGAACAAAAGAAAUUGUUUUCACUUUUCAUGCAACCACAGUCAGCGCAACUCAGGACAUAUCGAUCUUCCGAUCGUUCCAUAGAAGACGAUGAUGGCUGACGCCUGUAUGAGAACACUGGUGGAAGCCAUACACUCUACUCCCACUCAAGCCGUCGUCUACGUCUCCGGCGGAGCUUCUCAGGCCUUGGGGUGGUUGAUGUCCGUUCCCGGGGCUUCCAACACCGUGCUUGAAGCCGUGGUUCCUUACUCCAGAAUGUCCAUGGUCCAAUUGCUCGGAAAGGUUCCUGCUCAAUCUGCUAGCCUGCAAACAGCAGAGGAAAUGGCAUUGCUGGCUUACAAUCGAGCAUUGAAGCUUUCGAAACCGGGCUUCCCAGCUCUGGGUGUGGGAUUUACAGGUGCUCUGGCUAGCACUCAACCCAAACGAGGGGAUCAUAGGUUUCAUUUGUCUACAAGGACAUCUCAACGGCUGCAAGUGUCAACAGUUACAUUGUCAAAGGGUCUGCGGACUCGGGAGCAGGAAGAUUUUGUUUCAAGCCAGUUCUUACUUAAGGCAGUAGCAAAUGCAUGCAAGGUUUCAGAGAAUUUUGUUCCAGGUUUAACUGAAUCAGAGAUUCCUGUUGAGCUUGGAUGGCAAUUUAAUGAAGACCAAGAGCUGGAGCAAGUUAUCAGUGGUCAAGUAUCAUUUAAGGUUUAUCCCUUCUCAAGUGUCAAUGCAGAGAGGAAAAUAAUUCUGUCUGGUUCAUUCAACCCCUUGCAUGAUGGUCACCUUAAUCUCUUGGAAGUUGCAACUAGCAUUUGUGGCGGUGGAUAUCCAUGCUUUGAAUUGUCUGCAGUCAAUGCAGACAAACCUCCGUUGACAGUAUCUGAAAUCAAAGAUCGAGUAAAACAAUUUGAAAAAGUUGGCAAGACAGUCAUAAUAUCUAACCAACCAUAUUUUUACAAAAAAGCAGAACUUUUCCCUGGCAGUGCUUUUGUUAUUGGUGCAGAUACGGUUGCAAGGCUUAGAAAUCCAAAGUAUUACAGAAAUGACUAUGGGAACAUGUUGGAGACACUCAUUGGAUGUAAGAACUCAGGGUGUGUCUUCCUGGUGGGGGGCCGAAACGUGGAUGGCGUUUUUAAGGUGCUUGAUGACUUUGACAUUCCAGAGGAGCUGAAAGACAUUUUUAUUUCAAUACCAGCAGAAGAAUUCCGUAUGGAUAUUUCAUCAACCGAAAUCAGGAAAAGCAAAGGGACUUGAAAUCCCAUCACUCGCUGACUCGAUACAGAACGGAGAAAGAACAGCGCGUACAGAUUAUGGAUGAAUCGGGUGAUCAUUUUAACCCGGUAAUUUCUCGUCUCUAUACACAUACGAUGAAAUGUCUUAUUUUUUCCCCACGGGUAGACCUCUGGGCCUUAGUUUGUAGUUUAGAACAGUGUGUUUUAUGUUCGUGCUAAUGUAUUUUCUUCGUCCGUACUCCUGUGUUUGAGCCGAAGGUCUCUUGGAAAUAACCUCUCUCGUGUUCGUGGGAUUUUACAUAGUU